AGCGGCGAUGCGCGGUUCCGCGUUUGAUUCAGGUGGACCGGCAGCUGCACGAGGUCAAGUUCUACCCCAAAUCCUGGUUUUCCAUCGAGAUGGCUGACAAAGAAGCUUUUGAUGAAGCUGUUGAAGAGCGGGUCAUCAAUGAAGAGUACAAAAUAUGGAAGAAGAACACGCCAUUUCUUUAUGAUUUGGUGAUGACACAUGCUUUGGAAUGGCCCAGUCUUACAGUGCAGUGGCUGCCAGAUGUCACAAGAGUUUGGAGGAUUUGGCUCGGUGACUGGAAAGAUAGAGAUUGAGAUCAAGAUCAAUCAUGAGGGAGAGGUGAACCGUGCCCGUUACAUGCCUCAGAACCCAUGUGUGAUUGCUACAAAGACACCCUCCUCUGACGUACUGGUGUUUGACUACACUAAACACCCAUCUAAGCCAGAUCCCAGUGGAGAGUGCCAACCUGACUUGAGAUUGCGGGGUCACCAGAAGGAAGGUUAUGGGCUAAGCUGGAAUCCAAGCCUGAAUGGAUAUUUGCUGAGUGCAUCAGAUGACCACACCAUCUGCCUGUGGGACAUCAAUGCAACCCCCAAGGAGAACCGGGUCAUUGAUGCCAAGACCAUCUUUACAGGGCAUACAGCUGUGGUUGAGGAUGUAGCAUGGCAUCUUCUCCAUGAUUCUUUGUUUGGAUCUGUGGCCGAUGACCAGAAGUUGAUGAUCUGGGACACAAGGUCUAGCAACUCCAAUCAGCCAUCCCAUACUGUUGAUGCACAUACAGCUGAGGUCAACUGCCUCUCCUUCAACCCUUAUUCAGAAUUCAUUCUUGCCACUGGAUCAGCUGACAAGACAGUGGCUCUGUGGGAUCUACGGAACCUAAAGUUGAAGCUCCACUCAUUUGAGUCGCACAAGGAUGAGAUAUUCCAAGUGCAGUGGUCCCCACACAAUGAAACCAUACUUGCAUCCAGUGGCACAGACCGCCGCCUCCAUGUCUGGGAUUUGAGCAAGAUUGGAGAGCCACAACAGCCUGAAGAUGCUGAGGAUGGACCUCCUGAGCUUCUUUUCAUCCAUGGUGGCCAUACAGCCAAGAUCUCGGACUUCUCAUGGAAUCCAAAUGAACCUUGGAUCAUUUGCUCAGUUUCGGAAGAUAAUAUCAUGCAGGUGUGGCAAAUGGCUGAGAAUAUAUAUAAUGACGACGAUCCAGAGACAACAAAUUCAGAGAUUGGAGAAGGAGCUGGUACUUCAUGAAGAAUUUCCUCCCACCCACUUACACACACACUCUGCCAUUCUUGGCCCCCUCUGUCUUGAAUUUGUGUUUUCAUUGCUUAUUUGUACCCUUCCAUCACAUUGCAUUCAAUGGUCUUAUGGAACAUGCGCUGUUGACAGGGCUGA